UCAGCUCAAGCUGAAAGCAUCAUUUCGGCAUCAAAAUUUUAAACAAAAUCUUAUCUCCUUUGGAAAAAAAAUAAAGGAAUUAUUAAAUUUUAUUAUGAUUCUGCUGCGAUUUUAAUAGCAAAUCAUAAUAUUUCGGCAAAACAAAAAAUCUUUUUGGCUUUAAAAUUAAUUCAUCGAAAUUCGACCGUAAAAAUUAUAAGUCUUUUUUUGUUUUCUUCAAUUAAUUUCUCAAUUGAAAUGAAUAAAGAAGAAAAACAAAAUUCACCUGGUACUGAACAUCCUGUUACUUUUUCCGAUCACUGCAUAUCACUGCUGGAGGAACUUAUGGUUUUCAUCAUAUUCUUCUCAAUAUCUAUGCUGAUCGUCCUGGGCUUCAUCACUGUACUGACGGGCAUCGGUAAUCGCCAGCCAUUGGAAUACAAGGCACCAAGUCCUUCCAAAUCCUGUAGCUGGCCACCAGAAUGGUGCCGUCUUCUCAACGAAGAGCAGAAGACGGAGAGGCCAUUUAAUAUAUUGGAGCAGCCGGAAAGUAAACGGGCAAUGCCAAAGUAUACCCAUUUUUUAGAUUAUAUGUUCAGAAGCACAUAAUUGUUAUAUGCAAUAUAAUAUUCAUACUCAAUUCGCAUCGACUCAAGUUCGCCUCACUUGUCAUUUAGCACACAAAUUGUUUCAUGUCUGCGGCGUCACUUAUAAGUUCCAAACUGUCGGGUCGUUCCUGAGAUGUUUGAAGAUAAAAUAUAUAUGUACAAAUGUAUAUAUUAUAUGCCACCGGGCAAAUGUCUCUCGUCAAGAUUGAGACAUAGUCCUGGGUCGCCAUAAACAAAAAUUUCGCUAAUACAACUAUCCACAAAGCAAAACUUUUCUAACUAUGAGAUGAGCAGCAAGCAACUCUCAAAUGGCCAUAAUCAAUACAUACCCUUUGACGCCCAGCUCAUUAUGUUUCGGUGACGGUUAAAGUGAGAAGCUUUACCAUUAUUGCGUCCCGAUCGAUACCUAAAGAUGUCUUCCAAGAUACACAACAUUACCCCCCUAAACUCACUCACACACACACAACACUAUGUAUUAUAUGGCAAACUCCCCUAACUGCUUCAAUAAAUUUGUUCUAUCA